GAAUAUUUGAGUUAAUAGCAACUGUUUAAACUCGUUGUUAUGACAUAUCGCAAUUUUCUGUGCUAUAUUCGGUUCUUAAGGUCACUGAUGGGAGCCGUUUUGAAAGGAGUUGUGGCAUACAUUGACGUCAGAUCUGCGUUAGGGAAUCCAGCUAUUGGUCUUGGGGCAACUCUUGAAUCUCUGGGUGCCAGGGUGUCACAUACACUAAACCAUCUUGUUACGCACGUUAUAUUUCGUAAUGGAUCUGAAGCCGUUAAAAGUUGGGCUCUCAAGAGGAACAUUCCGUUAGUAUCCCCAGGAUGGGUAAAAGCAUCCAAAAUGAUGAAGAUGAAAGCUUCUGAGACAGCCUAUUCUGAUGACUGUGAAAUUCUUGAUCUGUUUACACCAGUAGACAGUGAAAAUUCCCCGCGACAAUGCAAUAUUCAGCCCAAUAUGUCUGAUGAGAAUUGCUGCACUGGUUUGCCUAUUUUCAAGCCAAUUCGUGUCAGAGAAAACUUUAUCAGACCGAAAACACCACCGGGAAUGAAAGAUUUCAUUCUUCGCAUUCAAGAACGUGAGAAAUUAAACAAAGAACCUACUCUUCUUUGUGAAGAAACUAUAUUGGAAGAUUCAAAGGAAAAUAUCACGAACGAACCACCGACUCUUUCUGUUAAAGAAGCUUUUCAUGAGAUACCUGAAAAACCAAAAGCUUUAGGUGACUCAAUGGUUACGUCAACACAGAAUGCAGCAGUGAAUCAACCAAUGCCUGUAGAAUUCCGUCAUUCUUUAUCACCUAUUUUCCGUAAAUCUCAAAAACCAGACACUUUAGACACAAGUAGUAUUUUGGAUGAUUCACUGGCAGAGAUUAUUCCUUCAGCUGAUGCACAACAAACCAACUCACAUAGAUUUCGUUUAAUUAAUCCUGAAACAUAUUCACAAAAUGAUGUAUUAAUUAUUCCAAGAGUUCAACAAUCAUCUACACUCACUGGUGGUAACUGUGAAGGCAAUAAUAAUAAUGAUAAUAGUAAAGGACAAAAGUUAAAAAGACGAUCAACUGAAUUAACCAAAAAGCUUUCAUUUGGUACACCUCUUACUCCAGAUGUGCUAGUGAAUUUUGUGAAUAGAUCGCAUAAACCAAAGUCUUUCAGUGUUAAAAAGAAACAGAAGGAUGAGACUAUGAAAUGUAAUAACACUAAUAAUGCCAAGGUUACUCCACGUAAAGAUCAGAUUGGAAAAUCACCUAAGACAUUCAUCACUCCCAAUAAGAAAUCAUCGAAUUUACACACUACUACAGGUACACCGAAAACACCUAGAAAAACCACUGCAAUAGACAGUGAAUCCCGUAGUGAACCGAGACUGAAGUCUACUCCAUCUACAAGGAGGAGUAAAACGCCUAAACGCCGACUUACAAAUAACCGGUUGACAAAUAGAACUCCAUGCAGCAGUAAAAGUGUUGAAAAGGUGAAAGUGAAAAUAACGCCAGCAAAGGAAAAGAACCCGCCUUUAUCGUCAUCUUCUGGUGGCCAUAAAGACACGCGUGAUUCGAAUAAAGCCGCUUGUGAGGAAAUAAAGUCAAAUGGAAAAUCGCAUAUACCACCACCACUAACCCAGCGACCUGUUUGUUCACGUUUACCAGUCAACCUCGUGGAUUUAGAUGAAACAAUGUCUCCUGUUGUAGUGCUAACAAAAUCAGAACAUAAUCAAAACGUUAAAUCUGUUCAGACAUCAACGCUAGCAUCGAGUCCUUUUCGGAAAAGAUUGCGUAGUUCAGGCGUAGUGCUCAGUCCUACACAACCGUCGUCAUCUGAUUGUAAACAGAGAAUACGUGGUGAAUACAAGGUGACCACACCAAUAUGUAGAAGAUCGAAACGGAUAUCCCUUAGUCAGAUAAAACCUAUCAGCAACCGUAACAGCCUAGAAGAGUUUCGUUUGACACCUGUGGAGAAAUGCAAAAGUGAUGUUACAAUGAAAUCUCCAUCGACUUCUGUAAAGAAUUCAACUAAGAUCAGUAUUGUAUUUAGUGGGACUCAGUCGGAAGAUGAACAACUCUUAACUGCUUUAUUAAAAUCAAGUAAUUUAACAAAUUAUGAUAUUGUAAAAUUGCCGAGUAAUUCAAUUGCCGCAAAUUCUCAUUCAUCAAGAAGAUCAAAUAUUGUGAAGCCUGGUACAGCUAGUCGGGCCUGUGCUACACCACACUUUACACAUUUAAUUACUCAAUUACCAUGUCGACGAACAUUGAAAUUAUUCUAUGCACUGAUUCGAGGUGUGCAUAUCUGUACAACAGAUUGGAUACGUGAGUCAGUAUCAUCAAAUAUGUGGCUAUCAGAAUCAUUAUUCAAACCACCUGGAUUACCACGUUUAUCACGACUGCAAAGAAUGAAUACAUUAUUCUCAAAUACCGGUGUCAUUUAUGUUGGUUCGGAUACGAAUCCACCACGUCAAGAUCUUGUUGACUUACUCAGUAUAGGUGGUGCAGUUCUUACCAAUAAGAAAAUGGAGGCAUCAGUUCUAAUUGGAUGUAAUGUACCAAAUAAAAUGUGUGUCAAGGUGAAUUGGAUUUUGGAUUGUAUAUAUCAAGCCAAAUUAUUAUCUAUGCUGGAUUAUAAACUAUGACUAAUGAUCAUCUCUCAGCAAAACCAUAACAACAGUAACCCAAAUUUUAUGAUCUCAGGGAGUAUCCAGUAUUACUUUAUGUACAUAUAUAUACAGAUAUUAUUUUAAUUUUUGCAGCUUUUUUCGCUUGCUCAAUCGACAUGCAUGUUCAACAGCUUAUAUAUACACUCGUAAUUAUUAUUAUUAUUAAUAAUUUGUGACGACACUGUAUCA